AUGAAGAUUGUACCAUUACUUCUACUGGUCACUGUUCUUGCCACGAACUGGGCUUUACAAAAGGGGCAUACACCACUGGCCGCUUCAGUAGUCAUGUCUACAGCCGCAUGUCUAACAACUUAUACAACAUUACCAAAACUAAAAGAGACUUUUAUAAAAGCGCAUCUCUUUGGUCGAGAUAUCCUAAAGAUAGGAAAGCCAAUUAUUCCUGAAACGAUGGGUCUGCCAACGGCCAUUAUCUAUCUUAUCACGCUGUACUUGUUUAUGCCCUUUCCAUUCAUCAACUCAUUUUAUACACUAUCACUUGACAAGUUUCCUCACCACAAGUUGGGAGAAGUUUUAUCAGCAAUUUUAGCUAUCCAAUCUAUGGUCUUGCUAGGGUUUGCAGAUGAUGUCUUGGACGUCAGAUGGAGAUACAAGGUCUGGUUUCCUGCUCUUGCUGGAGUGCCUCUUUUGAUGUUCUACUAUACAAAUGGGGGAGGAACUUCGAUCGUGAUGCCUAUGCAACUGAGACCCUAUUUUGGAAAAAUUGUAGAUUUGGGUGCACUCUAUUACGUGUAUAUGUGUAUGCUGAUCAUAUUCUGCACUCACAGUAUCAACAUAUUGGCUGGUAUCAAUGGCGUUGAGGCUGGGCAAACAUUCAUUAUUGCAUUAUCCGUUGCUGUAAACGAUUUGUUAUAUGUGGCCAAUAGCCAUUCAACACCAAGCUCAGAAGUUCAUCUGUUCAGUCUGUAUUUUAUUCUGCCCUUUGUAGGCGUGACUGCAGCCUUAUUGUGGCAUAACUGGUUUCCAGCUCAAGUGUUUGUUGGAGACACCUUUUGCUAUUUUGCAGGAAUGACAUUUGCAGUCGUUGGUAUCAUGGGACACUUUUCCAAGACGCUUUUGCUCUUCUUUAUUCCGCAGAUAUUUAAUUUUAUUUACUCUUGUCCUCAGCUAUUCCGAUUUAUAGAAUGUCCUCGUCAUAGAAUGCCACGAUUGGAUGCAGACACGGGCUUACUGAAGUGUUCUACUGUUAGACCCAAUGAUAAAAAGCCACUAAGCAAGUUAGGAAGCCUUAUAUUAAAGCUGCUUAAUGCAAUUGGUCUAUUGAAAGUGUUUGAAUAUGAUGACAAUGGACGUAUCAUAGAAUGCAAUAACCUGACGAUCAUCAAUUUAGUACUUGCACGAUUGGGCCCCAUGUCAGAGAGGAAUACAACGCUAUGGAUCAUGAUAAUUCAAUCGUUGGGCAGCGCAUUGGCCUUUUUCAUCCGCUAUAAGCUUGUGCAUUUUGUUUAUGAAAUAAACAACUGA